GCGCACCCACACCGGAAGGAGGCCGCGGCCGCCGGCGGUGGGGCGCAGGAGGCGCGGCGGUGUCCCGGGAGACGCGUCGCUGAGGCCCCCGCGCCGGGCCGCCGGGGCCAAGCCGCCACCAUGGGGAAGAGGCAGCACCAGAAGGACAAGAUGUACAUCACGUGCGCGGAGUACACGCAGUUCUACGGGGGCAAGAAAGCAGACCUUCCGCGAACUAAUUUUAGACGUUUAUCAUUUGAUCACUGCAGUUUGUCUCUGCAGCCCUUUGAAUACCCAGUUUGCACACCAGAUGGGACAGUCUUCGACAUACUGAGCAUUGUUCCUUGGAUAAAGAAAUAUGGAACCAAUCCAAUCACAGGAGAAAAACUAGAUGCCAAAUCACUUAUAAAGCUGAAUUUUGCUAAAAACAGUGAAGGUAAAUACCACUGUCCAGUGCUGUUUACUGUAUUUACCAAUAACUCCCAUAUUGUGGCCAUCAAGACAACUGGAAAUGUGUUUGCCUAUGAGGCAGUUGAGCAGCUGAACAUAAAACCAAAGAGCUACAAGGAUCUUUUGACAGAUGAGCCCUUCACUCGGCAAGACAUUGUGACACUGCAGGAUCCAACAAACCUGGAUAAGUUCAAUGUCUCAAACUUCUUUCAUGUUAAGAACAAUAUCAAAGUAAUUGAUCCAGAUGAAGAAAAAGCAAAAUUAGACCCGUCUUACUAUUUGAAAAAUACAAAUACGGAGACCCGAGAGACUUUACUGGAGCUUUAUAAGGAAUUCAAAGGUGAUGAUAUUCUAGCAGCUACUAUGAAGGCUCCUGAAAAGAAGAAAGUGGAUAAGCUGAAUGCAGCUCACUAUUCCACUGGAGCAGUAAGUGCUUCUUUCACCUCCACUGCAAUGGUGCCUGAAACUACCCACGAAGCAGCUGCUAUUGAAGAAGAUGUUGUGAGAUACAAAUAUGUGAAGAAGAAGGGCUAUGUGCGACUUCACACUAAUAAAGGAGACCUCAACUUGGAGCUGCACUGUGAUAUGACACCCCGAACAUGUGAAAACUUUAUAAAAUUGUGCAAGAAGAACUAUUAUGAUGGAACAAUUUUUCACAGAUCAAUCCGUAAUUUUGUGAUCCAAGGUGGUGAUCCGACUGGAACAGGAACAGGAGGAGAAUCUUAUUGGGGAAAGCCUUUCAAAGAUGAAUUUAGGCCCAAUUUGUCCCACACAGGACGUGGUGUUCUUAGUAUGGCCAAUUCGGGACCCAACACAAACAAAUCACAGUUUUUCAUCACAUUCCGCUCUUGUGCAUAUCUGGACAAGAAGCAUACAGUUUUUGGAAGGGUGGUUGGUGGCUUUGAGACUCUGACUGCUAUGGAGAAUGUGGAAAGUGACCCAAAAACAGACCGUCCAAAGGAGGAAAUACGAAUUCAGACAACAACUGUUUUUGUUGAUCCGUAUGAAGAGGCAGAUGCCCAGGUUGCUGCUGAAAGAGAGAAAGUCCAGCAAGAAGAAGAAGCAGCCAAAACAAAAGCUGAAGUGGUCCCGCCAAAGAAAGAGGUCCAGACUCCUAAAACUUACCGACAGGGGAUUGGAAAAUACAUUAACAUGGCUGCAGCGAAGCGCAGCGUGGAAGAUGACGGGCCUUCAACCAGCACAGCUGCGAAGAAAGAGAAAAAGAGCACAGGCUUCGGGGACUUCAGCUCCUGGUAGCAGCGCGGGGAGCCUAGCACUAGAGCAGCACGGCAAAAAAAGAAAAGGCAGCCUUCCAUGUGGUCCUGAAGAGCCCAAAAGACAGUCUGUCCUGGGGAGGGAAGGCACCAGCCUGCCCUUCCACUGCAGAAGAAAACUGUUGCUUUGUUAGGGCUGGUUAAUGUGGCUUUGUUUUCUAGAGAGCUGCGUUCCCCCCACUGCAUCUUCCUCGAAGGCCUUUUUGUUGUUGUUUUGCUAAGCGGGGAGCAGGCAGCCCAGCCCCACUGGGGGUUAGCUGGAGCCUUUCUCUGCGUGGCUGGCAGCAGACCAGGCAGAGCCCAGUCUUGCAGGAUGUUACUUCAGUGAACAGCUACAUAGGUGAAAGAGCUCCUUUUACAGGUAAUCGUUUCCAGAUGAGGCAAGCCUGCCAAAUGAAGGAAUGAAUUAAUGCGGUGGGGAAGUGCCGGUGCUGCUGUAGUGCUUUGUGGAGGGGAGAGGGCUCCAGCCUGCCCUGCCCUUCCCUUCCUUUCCCUUCCAGCUGCCUUUUGCUAGUUCUCAACAAGGACCCAUUUUGUGUCUUACUCUUUGCGAGCCUGCCAGGAUCCUGGCUGGACUGACUGCUGUCAGUCUCCGUAGGUCUCUCUCACUCUAUACCCAUUUAAGUCUCUCAUAGCCAGCAACUACAGCCUGGAGCAACUGAGCAGGAAUAGAAACAACUUUUUCCUGUUGGUGGUGGUUGCUUUUGUUUUUAACCAUCCCUAAAGCCUAAGUCCCUAAAUGCAGAGUAACACACAUCAUAGUCUGCCCCAACAUCAGUCUUCCCAUCAUUAGGGAAAACCAUAUAAUAUCGCUGACAGCAUCUCAGAUAUUUCUGUUUAGAUUACCCACAAAUUAUUAGAAAGCUUAAUAAAUGCCUCAUGGGGUAAGAUACAUCAGCCCGUGAAGUUUUAAUCCAGAAACAUACGUGUGUUACCAUCACUUACACGUAGGCGGCUAGAUCCUGAACAUUACUUUUCAGUUCAUCUUAGUUGUUUUGAUGGCAGAAAUACCCUCCCUACCUCUCUAUGCAGCUGAGGAGAUAGUUUUGUAAUCAGCUUUGUAACAAUACAUUUAUAUCGGUGGUUCCACGUUUUAAGAGAAGACUCCAUUUAUAUAAAAUUGUUGUAAAAACUUUUGGUAAAAUAUUUUGCAUUAAAUGCUUUUAUUUUCUUUCGA